CGCGAGAUGUCAUAUUUCAUAGAUUUGAAACAUGGCGUCGGAAGGAGAAGCGGGUAGUGCUUCUGUUGUUGAACCAGAUACUGGAGACUGUGAUGCUGGAUUUGGGGACCUGACAGGCAACAUGGACACUGAGUCAUCAAAUGGCAAAGAGGCCAUGGACACGGGUGGUGAGGGUUUGGAGGCGGCGGACACCCAGACAGGUUCUGGGGACGAGGAAAGCGGCAGGCACCAGGGAGAGGUGGAGCUGCAGUGUGCUCUCUGUAUGAAGUGGUUCACAGCCGACACCUUCAGCAUCGACACCGCGACUUGUUUGCCUUUCAUGACCAACUAUGUGUUCCAUUGUAACAUGUGUCAUCACAGCGGCAACACCUACUUCCUCAGGAAACAAGCCAACCUGAAGGAGAUGUGUCUGACUGCCCUGGCUAACCUCACAUGGAGGUCCAGGACUCAGGAAGAGCACCCCAAGACGAUGUUCUCCAAAGACAAGGACAUCAUCCCGUUCAUUGAUAAAUACUGGGAGUGUAUGACCACCCGACAGAGACCUGGAAAGCUCACCUGGCCCAACAACAUAGUCAAAGCCAUGAGUAAAGAGCGGGAUGUGUUCCUGGUGAAGGAGCAUCCAGACCCAGGCAGUAAGGACCCAGAGGAGGACUACCCCAAGUUUGGCCUGCUGGACCAGGAUCUGGGCAACAUUGGACCAUCUUACGACAACCAGAAACAGACCACCUCUGCUCCAACUCCUGGAGGGCUCAACGGUGGACCUUGUUUCUCAGGUGGUCUGGCCCCCGGCCCAGGGAAGGGUAGAGGAGCCAAGCGUAAGCAGCAGCAGCAGCAACAGGAGGGAGCCACAGCCGGAGCAGCCAAGAGAACACGCAGUGACCCUCUGUUUUCGGCUCAGCGUCUCCCCCAUGGUUACCCCCUGGAGCACCCCUUCAACAAAGAUGGCUACCGCUACAUUCUAGCAGAGCCGGACCCCCAUGCCCCCGACCCAGAGAAACUAGAGCUGGACUGCUGGGCUGGGAAACCCAUCCCCGGAGACCUCUACAGAGCCUGUCUCUACGAGAGAGUACUGCUAGCCCUGCACGACAGAGCCCCCCAGCUGAAAAUCUCAGAUGACCGUCUGACAGUGACAGGGGAGAAGGGUUACUCCAUGGUCAGAGCCUCCCACGGUGUCAGGAAAGGAUCCUGGUACUUUGAGGUCUCCAUCGAUGAGAUGCCCCCGGACACUGCAGCCAGACUGGGUUGGUCUCAGCCCCUAGGUAACCUGCAGGCCCCUCUGGGAUAUGAUAAGUUCAGCUACUCGUGGCGCAGUAAGAAAGGGACACGCUUCCACCAGUCUGUGGGGAAACACUACUCCUCAGGCUACGGACAAGGAGACACUCUGGGCUUCUUCGUAGAACUGCCGGACGGCACUGAGACAGCCAAGGCACUGCCUGACACGUACAAAGACAAGGCGCUGAUUAAGUUUAAGAGCUACCUGUACUUUGAGGAGAAGGACUAUGUGGACAAGGCAGAGAAGAGCCUGAAGACUGUUACCCCCAGCAGGAUGCUGUUCUAUAAGAAUGGGGUGAAUCAGGGUCAGGCCUAUGAGAACCUGUUUGAGGGGCUUUACUUUCCUGCCAUCUCUCUCUACAGGGGCUGCACGGUGUCCGUUAACUUUGGACCACAUUUCAAACACCCUCCAAAGGACAUCAAGUACCAGCCAAUGAGUGACAUGGGCUGGGGAGCAGUGAUCGAACACACGUUGGCUGACAUGCUGUACCACGUAGAGACGGACGUGGACGGACGACGUAGCCCGCCCUGGGAAGGAUAAACGCACGCGCACACCAGAGCUCAACACACAGACGGCCAGUUGAGUGUUCGGACAAAGGCACGGAGGAGUCCAUUCCAGCAGAUAUAGGUGGGCUGAUGUCGACCUGAACACUGACACACUGUACUCUCUUUGUACUCUCACUGUACUCUCUAAACAUUACCUUCAUUGGUAACUUAGAAAAAAUCCUAAUGGAUAAGAUGUGUGUGUGAUCUAAGAAAGGGAGACUUUGAUGUCUUUGAAAAUUCUACUUCAUAUUCAUCUCCAGCAUUUGGCGCGUUUCUGUUUUGUAGUAAAAAAGAUGGAGAAACUUAAGUGUUUCUAAUGACAUCAUCGGUGUGCAUCAUGUGAUUGUUAACCAAUUAUGAGUAGGCAUUGCCUACUAAUUGGAAACACUUAUUUUCCUCUUUUACUACAAAACAUAAAAACACGCCAUUUUCACAUAUGUUGAUGUUGGCGUGGAGAUGAUGAAUAUGAAGUUAAAAUUGUGAAAUUUCCCUCAAAAGGAAGGAACAAAUCUGUACAUUGUUUUGACCCAACUAAGUUUCAAUUUAAUAUAUCUAACAUUUGUCAGCACCCCAGGUAGUCUUAUUGACAGACGUUCUAUCUUCAAAUGAACAGAUUCAGUUGCCUGUGUUCUGUUAUUUGUCGUAAUAUACUAUAUAUACAUAAAAGGAUGUGGACACCCCUUCAAACUAGUGGAUUUGGCUGUUUCAGCCACACCUGUUGAUGACAGGUGAAUAAAAUCGAGCGCACAGCCAUGCAAUCUCCAUAGACAAACAUUGGCAGUAGAAUGACCUUACUGAAGAGCUCAGUGACUUUCAACGUGGCACUGUCAUAGGAUGCCACCUCCAACAAGUCAGUUUGCCAAAUUUCUGCCCUGCUAGAGCUGCCCCGGUCAACUGUAAGGGCUGUUAUUGGGAAGUGGAAAUGUCUAGGAGCGUUGAGCAAUAACGAAGUAUGAGGCUCAGCUGCGAAGUGGUAGGCCACACAAGCUCACAGAAUGGGACCACAAGGGCUGAAGGGUGUAGUGUGUUAUCUGUCAUUGGUUGCAACACUCACUACCGCAUUCCAAACUGGCUCUGGAAGCAACGUCAGCACAAGAACUGUUUGUCGGGAGCGUCAUGAAAUGGGUUUCCAUGGCCGAGCAGCCACACACAAGCCUAAGAUCACAAUGCGCAAUGCCAAGCGUCGACUGGAGUGGUGUAAAGCUCACCGCCAUUGGACUCUGGAGCAGUGGAAACUCGUUCUCUGGAGGGAUGAAUCACGCUUCAGUAUUUGGCAGUCUGACGGACGAAUCUGGGUUUGGCGAAUGCCAGGAGAACGCUACCUGCCGCAAUGUGUAGUGCCAACUAUAACAUUUGGUGGAGAUGGAAUAAUGGUCUGGGGAUGCUUUUCAUGGUUGGGACUAGGCCCCUUAGUUCCAGUGAAGGGAAACCUUAACGCUACAGCAUACAAUGACAUUCUAGAUGAUUCUGUGCUUCCUCCUUUGUGGCAACAGUUUGGGGAAGGCCCUUUCCUGUUUAAGCAUGACAAUGCUCCCCUGCACAAGGUGAGGUCCAUACAGAAAUGGUUUGUUGAGAUCGGUGUGGAAGAACUUGACUGGCCUGCACAGAGCCCUGACUUCAAUCCCAUCGAACACCUUUGGGAUUAAUAGGAACGCCGACUGCGAGCCAAGCCUAAUCGCCCAACAUCAGUGCCUGACCUCACGAAUGCUCUUGUGGCUGAAUGGAAGCAAGUUUCCAACAUCUAGUGGAAAGCCUUCACAGAAGAGUGGAGGCUGUUAUAGCAGCAACUGGGGGGACCAACUCCAUAUUAAUGUCCAUGAUUUUGGAAUGAGAUGUUUGAUGGGCAGGUGUCCACAUACUUUUGGCCAUGUAGUUUAGCUGCUAGCUGGUCUCGUAGAUGUCAAAUCUAAUUGUUUUACCAAGUAGUUUGGUCUUUUUGUGGUCUUUUUUUUACGAUGUUAUUUUGUUUUACAUUCAUACUGGUUUUAAUAAAGUGAAGAUUUUUGGAAA